AUGAGUAGCGAGGAGAUAUUGUUACAAGGAGGAGUAGUAGUUUGUGAAAACUAUUUUUCAGAUCAAGAAGAGUUGUUAAUGUUGCAGGAAAUUUCUAAUCAGAAACCGACAUUUGCGUUCAAAAAAAGAAAGCGUUUAACGAGGCAACAUUCUAUGUGUGGAACUCUGGGUGACAUGGCCUGGGAGAGAAGAAGGCGACAAACUCACCGGAGAAGGAAUAGUAUUCACGAUUGUAACGACGAAGAUUUACAUGAACUUAGAGGCUGCAUUGAAUUAGGGUUUGGAUUCAAUGAAGAAGAUGGACAGAAGCUUUGUAAUACGUUGCCGGCGCUUGAUCUGUAUUUUGCGGUUAACAGAAACUUGUCUCCGAGUCCGGUCUCCUCCCCUACACCUGCACCUACGCCUCGCCGCCUUUCCCACAGCCGCGCGUCUUCGGCUAUUGCGAGUCCUACCGAAAGUAUGAUUGAUUCUGAUUCUUGGAAAAUUUGUAACCCAGGGGAUGAUCCAGCUCUUAUUAAAACUAAAUUAAGGCACUGGGCUCAGGCUGUUGCUUGUUCAGUAAUGCAAUCUCAUUGA